AGAAAGGUGAUAUUGAGGCCAUUUAGCCUGCAGAGCCAGCAAUGGUAGCCCCAGAGGGGCUAAAUAUGGGAGUUAAUGUGACCUGCACUCCCUUCUACCCCUGCAAGAGUCGAAGCUCCUGAGAGGUGGCAUAAAUGCCACCCAUAGUUAGAGCAGUCCCUGCCUGGGCUUUGGACAAGGGAUCAUACCUACUCUCUUGCUACUGAUGUGAAGAAGAUAAUCACAAGCUGAGCCACUGAUACCAGUGCUUCUCAAACUUAAAUGUGUAUUUGAAUCAUCUGGGUAUUUUGGUAAAGUGCAGACUCUGUUUUAGUAGGUCCAGGGUGCGGCCUAAGAUCCCACAUAUCUAACAAGCCCCCAGGUAAUGCUGUUGCUGCUGGUCUACAGACCAUACUUUGAGUAGCAAAGGACUAGAGGCAGCAGUGGAGACUACACACAAUGGAGGGUGCACAUCCAGUUUCAGGGAGAAUGUGUGCACAAAGUUACAGAACCCAUUAAAGUGGAAAUAGCCACCAUUUUGUUAUGGUUGUGAGGCAGUCAUUUCCCGGUGGAUUUACACACCUUCCAGUAGCGUGGUGUGGUCGUUAAGCACUUGGAUUCUGAAGCUUGACCUCCUGAGCUCUACCUCUCAGUAGGUCUGUGAUCUUGGGCAAAUCUUUUAACUUCCCUGCAUCUCAGUUUCCUCAUCUCUAUAAUGGAAAUAAGACUAUUGUGAGGAUGAGCUGAGUCAAUAGAUAUAAAGUCCUUAGCACAUAACAGCAUAGUAAGUGCUCAGUAAAUGUUGCUAUUCUUGUUGAUAAUACGCCCUUCUAUAACAGUUGACAUAGAAACACACAAGGGCUUAGUCUCCUCCUGGUACACAGUCAAAAACGUAACCCCCAUCUCCCUCCCAAAAGGCCUGUAUCUUCUCUUUCAAAUUCCUCCUACCCUCCUGCCCACUCCCACUCUCCCUCCCCUGGCCCUUGGCCCCAGUGUGGUCUGGAUGGGCCCCACAGGGGCAGGGACAGGGACAGGACGUGGGGCUGUAUCUGACAGGAACCUGAGGGGCUGGCCCGGGAGGGGAUUGGGGCCCGGCUUCCUGAGAGGAGGAUGGGCUAAGGCAGGCACACAGUGCCGGAGAAGAUGCCCUCCUGGGCCCUCCUGUUGGUCACCUCCUGCCUCCUCCUGGCCCCCCAAAACCUGGCACAAGUCAGCAGCCAAGAUACCUCCUUGCUGGCCUCGGAUUCAGAGCCCCUGAAAUGUUUCUCUCAAACCUUUGAGGACCUCACUUGCUUCUGGGAUGAGGAAGAAGCAGCACCCAAUGGAACAUACCAGCUGCUGUAUGCUUAUCCAGGGGAGAAGCCCCGUGUCUGCCCUCUUAGUUUUGAGAAUGUGCUGCCCUUUGGAACUCGAUAUGUGUGCCAGUUUCCAGCCCAGGAUGAAGUUCGCCUCUUCUUUCCACUGCACCUCUGGGUGAAGAACAUGUUUCUGAACCAGACUGUGACCCAGCGGGUGCUCUUUGUGGAUAGUGUGGGCCUGCCAGCUCCCCCAAAUAUCAUUAAGGCUGUGGGCGGGAGCCAACCAGGGGAACUUCAGAUCAGCUGGGAGACCCCAGCUCCCGAAAUCAGUGCUUUCCUGAGGCACGAACUCCGCUAUGGCCCCAAGGAUCCCAGGAAUUCCAGUGCUCUCACAGUCAUGCAGCUGCUGCCCACAGAAACCUGCUGUCCAGCUCUGCAGAGACUAAACCCAGCCCCAGCUCUGCACCAGCCUCCGUGUGCUCAGCCCAUGAUGCCCCAACAGGAUCGACCAGAGCAGACCUCCCCAACUAGAGAAGCUUCAUCUCUAACAGUGAUGAGUGAAAGCUGCCUCAUCUCAGGGCUCCAGCCUGGUAAAUCCUACAAGCUCCAGCUGCGCAGCCAACCUGAUGGGGUCUCCCUCCAUGGCUCCUGGGGAUCCUGGUCCCUCCCCGCAACUGUGGACCUGCCUGGAGAUGCAGUGGAGAUUGGACUGCAGUGCUUUACCUUGAACCUGAAGAAUGUUACCUGUCAGUGGCAGCAACAGAACCACACUAGCUCCCAAGGCUUCUUCUACCACAGCAGGGCGCGGUGCUGUCCCGGAAACAGGGACCCCAUCUGGGAGAAGUGUGAAGAGGAGAAAAAUCCAGGAUUACAGCCCUCCCAGUUCUCUCGCUGCCACUUCAAGUCACGAAAUGACAGUGUUAUUCACAUACUUGUGGAGGUGACCACAGCCCGGGGUGCUGUUCACAGCUACUUGGGCUCCCCUUUCUGGAUCCGCCAGGCUGAAGGGCUUAGGCCAGUCCCUGCUGGCAUCCCUGUAGUGCUCAUCCCCACUCCAAACUUGCACUGGAGGGAGGUCUCCAGCGGGCAGCUGGAAUUGGAAUGGCAACACCCAUCAUCGUGGGGAGCCCGAGAGACCUGCUAUCAGCUCCGAUACACAGGAGAAGGCCAUCAAGACUGGAAGGUGCUGGAGCCGCCUCUCGGCGCCCGGGGAGAGACCCUGGAGCUGCGCCCGCGCUCCCGCUACCGCUUACAGCUCCGCGCCAGGCUCCAUGGCCCCACCUACCAAGGCCCCUGGAGCGCCUGGUCAGAUCCAGUGAGCGUAGACACUGCCUCCGAGACUGCCUGGAUCUCCUUGGUGACCGCUCUGCUCGUGGUGCUGGGCCUCAGCACCCUCCUGGGCCUGCUGCUGCUGAGGUGGCAGUUUCCUGCGCACUACAGGAGUCUGAAGCAUGCCCUGUGGCCCUCACUUCCAGACCUGCACCGGGUCCUAGCCCAGUACCUUAGGGAUACUGCAGCACUGAGUCCACCCAAGACUGCAGUCUCAGAUGCCUGUGAGGAAGUGGAACCCAGCCCCCUUGAAAUUCUACCCAAGUCCUCAGAGAAGACUCCCGUGGCCCUGUGUUCCUCCCAGGCCCAGAUGGACUACCGAAGACUGCCUCCUUCUUGCCUGGGGACCAUGCCUCUGUCUGUGUGCCCACCAAUGGCUGAGAUGGGGUCUUAUUGUACCACUCACAUUGCCAACCAUUCCUACUUACCUCUAAGCUGCUGGCAGGCCCCUCUCUCCCAGUACCCUGGACAGAUCCAAACCCACCAGACCUCUUUUCCCAACCUCCCUACCCACUCCAACCCCACAACACAAACUUCUCAGACCUCACGUCCAUCCCCCUCUGUCUGUCCUCAUAGUUGGGCUCCACGACACUGACCACUGAUGACGACCUUUGGUACUGCUGCUGACAUAAAGCCAGGACCCUCGCUUCUCACACCAGGCUCAUUUGACCAAGCUGCUCUAACUUUCACCUGUUUCCUCUCUCCUCUCUAAUGCUGGACUCCUUGAAAAGGCAUCUCCACAUCCCCACUUCCCAUUUGCUCUUCAGACUAGUUAGUUCCCCUACUUUGCUAAGGAAACUACCCUGGCAGAGUUCACUUCAAACUAUGAAAUUGCAAGAUCAAGUAGGAUCUUAUCAGUCCUCAAUUUAUUUGAUCUCUCUGUGGCAUCUGUCAUGGUAGCUACUCAUUUCCCCUUUAAAUUCUCUCCUACCUUGGCUUCCAUAAUAUUGCCAUCUCUCCUGGCUCUGAGUAUAGGAGUAGUGAAAGCAUAAACUCUGGAAUCAGAACUGGGUUCAAUUCCUCUCUUACCCACUUGUUAGCUGUGUGACCUUGGGCACAUAACUUAAAGUCUUUGAGCCUUGGUUUCUUCUUUAUUAAAAUAGGGAUAACGACAGAACCUCACAGACUUGUGAAGAGAAUUGAGAUAAUCCAAAUACAGCACAAUGCCUAGGACAUAGUAAGUGUUUAAUAUAUCUGAACUAUUGUAAUUAUUCCUUCCUAUUAUUCUCUUAUCCAGGCAUGUUUUCCACCCCUUAAUUAUUAUAGUUCUUCAAGAGUCUAUUGACUUUCCUAUAAGCUGAUCAUUCCAAAGUUCUUAUCCACAGCCCUGACUUCUACUACAGUACCUGUGAUGCUUUAUGCAAGUGACUGUUUACAUGUUUGUCUCCCACUACUAGAUUGUGAGCUCCUUGUAGGCAAGCAAUGUGAUUUAUUUGUCUUUUCCCCCCAGCACCUAGAGCAGUGCUUGGCGCAUGGGAGUAGGCCUUCAAUAAAUGUUUUCUAAAUGAAGAAAAUCUUUCUGGACAAUGCCCCCUUAACCUCAUGCCAAGCUCCCUCAUUCUCUAGGCCAUUCAUUUUCAGCAGUAAAUGUGCUUAGGCCAUUCUGUUUAUAGAUUCCCCUGACUCAUUCAAAUUCACAAAUAAAUGGUAUUUUUUGCUGGCUCCAAA